UGUGCUGUUUUGUCUGAAUGAAGCCAUAUGGACGUAAAAGUUACCUAUGUGUAAAUGACAAAAUACCAUCACCUUCACAGACAGAGGAAGCCAGCAUGUUUAGUAUUCCAUGUCUGAAGAGGGCACCUGUAUGCUCGGUUAGUUAGCAACACGAUGCUUUUGUUUUUUUAAGCUCAUCUGUUGCCAGUUGAACCGGAAUCAACGUGAUUCGAGGCGUUGCCUUUCGACAACCGUCAGAGAGCGAAGAGCCUAUCCCAGAGGAUUAACCGCUACGCUCUCCCCAAAUGCCUUCUUGUAACUUGUAGCCGACGAGUGGCCCUAACGAUUACAAUGUAUUGUGUCGGCAGCUAGCUUGUUCUGUCCUAACCGACCAUGUAAGCUGUCUUUUCGCGGAAAGCACUUGACUCGUGACUGAUCGCCGUAGGACGGUACAGGAGGAGCCAGUUACAGCCCUCCGAACAACUGCAAGAAAAGACGCACCGAUACGGAUACGUCCGCGUAUUCCCCUCCUGGCGCAGAAGCUCAUGUCCGCGGUACCGUUAACUAUAGCGAUUUUUACCGUGUGACGCCCACACAUGCCUGCGCCAACACCAGUCUCAACAGCCUGAAGGCAGAGAGAGGAGGGAGGGAGGGAGGCAACGGCAGCUCCGGGGUCCCCGACACUCAGCCGAGGAGAGGCAUCGCUGAAAUGAGAUGAGGCUCAGAAAUGGAACUGUGGCCACUGCGAUUAUUUUCUUCACGUCUUUCCUCAGCCUGUCGUGGUACACAGCGUGGCAGAAUGGCAAAGAGAAGCUGAUAGCAUACCAGAGGGAGUUCCAUGCCCUGAAAGAGCGCCUUCGUGUGGCAGAACACAGGACGCUGCAGCGCUCGUCUGAGCUCAACAACAUUCUGGAGCAGUUCAGACGCGCCAUCGCCGAGACUAAUAGCAGCAAAGAUGCACUCACCAACUUCUCAGAUGAGACACAGAAACUACUGAAAGAGCUCGCAAACAGGAAACCUCUCCAGGUGCCAAAUAUUUACCAUCACCUGCCUCACCUUCUCAACAAUGAGGGCAGCCUGCAACCUGCAGUGCAGGUUGGUCUCGGCCGCACAGGAGUUACCAUGGUGAUGGGAAUCCCCACAGUGAAGCGUAAGGUGAAGUCUUAUCUGUCAGAGACGCUGCGUUCACUAAUAGACAAGCUGUCAUCAGAGGAGAAACUUGACUGUGUCAUUAUUGUCUUCGUUGGGGAGACUGAUGUGGACUACGUUCACAGCGUUGUUGCUGGCCUGGAGAAGGAGUUUUCUACAGAGCUGAGUUCAGGCUUGUUGGAGGUGAUCUCGCCACCAGCCGCCUAUUACCCUGACCUCACCAACCUCAAAGAGACUUUUGGAGAUUCCAAAGAGAGAGUCAAAUGGAGGACCAAGCAGAAUCUGGACUAUUCCUUCCUCAUGAUGUACGCUGUGAGCAAAGGGGUUUAUUAUGUCCAGCUGGAGGAUGAUAUUGUGGCCAAGCCCAACUACUUUGCCACUAUGAAGAACUUUGCCCUGCAGCUCUCAUCGGAGGACUGGAUGAUCCUUGAGUUUUCUCAGCUGGGCUUCAUCGGAAAAAUGUUCCAAGCACCAGACCUGAACCUCAUUGUGGAGUUUAUCUUCAUGUUCUACAAGGAGAAGCCCAUCGAUUGGCUGCUGGACCACAUUCUUUGGGUCAAAGUCUGCAACCCUGAGAAAGAUGCGAAACACUGCGAGCGGCAGAAGUCCAGCCUACGUGUGCGGUUCAGACCAUCCCUGUUCCAGCACGUGGGACUCCAUUCUUCUCUUGCUGGAAAGAUUCAAAAACUGACAGACAAGGACUUCCUGAAGCCACUGCUCCACAAGAUGCAUGUCAACCCCCCAGCUGAGGUUUCUACUUCAAUGAAGGUGUAUCAGGGUCACACACUAGAGAAAACUUACCUGGGAGAAGACUUCUUCUGGGCCAUCACUCCGACUGCAGGAGACUACGUCCUCUUUAAAUUUGACAGACCUGUUAGCAUAGAGAGAUUCCUAUUUCGCAGCGGAAACCAGGAGCACCCAGGGGACAAGAUCGAGAACACCACAGUGGAAAUACUGCCUGUCUCGGAAACCGGACUGCAGACCAAGGAGAAGUACAAGCGAACUGAAGACCGUUUUUACAGGAUUGGUAACUUUGAUAAGGGUGUGGCAGAAGGGGCUGUAGAUCCUUCCUUCAAUCCUAUCGUGGCACUUCGGCUCUCAGUUCUCAAAGACUCAGCUGUGUGGGCCAUCCUCAGUGAAAUACAUAUUAAGAGAAUAGCUGGCUGACUCUUCCAAAGUGGGCACAUGAAUCAUGGCCCCAGGGGGACCAAAAUCUCCGAGACUGCUUACACAGGGCCUCUGGCAACCAACAGUGAAGUCAUUAGAGCCCACUAGAGUUGCUCGUCUGAGCUUGUCUGAGGAACACCACCUCUCUGUCCCUGCUCCUCCUGAUGUAAUUUGCUCCUCAUCGAUUGAUUUCUCCCUUUCUUUUUGCAUCUCUCCCCCACACUCCUGUGCUCUUAAUUCAUUUGUGAGAAUGUGAAUACUACUGUCUAAAGAACAACAGCGACGUGUGAGAAGACAUCUGUUUCCUGCUCUGGCUGUCAAAGUGACUGUGUUGUUCAGCAGCUUUGAUCACAAUCAGAAAACCUUUGGAUGAAUGGGGGGGGAAAAAAGAAAUCACAUCUGGGGAGAACCAGUCAGCUGGCCACUUGUGUAGAUGCUGCCAAAUCCUCCUGUUACUCAAUGCUGCCACCUUUUGGGCAAGUUGGGGCUUUGCACUGUCACUAGCGCCUCAGCAAAGCUCGUGAUAAUCUAGAAUGUUGUUAUCACUGAUGGCCAGUUGCUCAUUGUUCUCGACAGAGGUGACGGAGCUCUAGAUCAACACCAGCCCAAAUUAAAAUGUUUCCAUCAAACAUUCAAAUAUUCCACUUGUCCUGAAACACUAGCUCAGGAUUUCAGGAACAACUUUGACCGCAGGCCAGAUUCUGUUCAUUAACUACCCCAGUCAUCAAGGAAAUGAGUACCAUGACACCUUAUCUAUCUCACCUCCUGUCUGACAGGCUGUGUAUGACCUCAGUGUCCAUUUAUAGUAAACCAAUCAGACAUUGCCUUGGCUUCAUUUUCCCGAAGGAAUAUAUUGUUAUAUUGAUAUAUUACUACAGCUAUGACGAUCUAUGAAGGUGAAUUAAUUUAUUUGAAAUAAAUCUUUAAUUUGUACAAGAGGUAAAAUAUAUUUUUAUUCUAUUAAGAGAUGUUUAUGGUAGUUCAGAGUCUGUUUUAUUUGUGUAAUUUUGUGUUUUUUUUUCCUCUAAAUUGUUAUUGUAUGUGUUAUUUUCAUUAUUACAGCUACUUGCAAAUUUGCUUCAUAUGCCAGUGCAAGUGGCUUGAUUCAGUCUGUACCAGUUUGUUUUCACAUGAAGUGAAACGCUACAACUCAAACAAUUUAAUCUUCACUGCUUAAAAACUGAAUGGUAGUUGUGAAUAGAUUCUGUAGUAGUUGUGGUUUAAAAUCGGAAGAAAAAUGUGCCUUACAUCCAGGUCCCUUGAAAUUGUCUCGACAGCAUAAUUCCAAUUUGUUCCCUUUCACUUUUGCCUACACUUUAAUUACUGAUUGACAGUUAAGAACGAUAGCUUUGUUAUUCUAAGUGAAAGUAGUUUAAAAAAGGUGGGAUUGUUGUUCCAGGUUACUGUCUGAAACAGCGUGAUUUGCACUGCUUACUCAUUAUUUUUUUUGUUACCAUCACACCCUUCACUGUUGUGCUUAAAUUUUCUGUCUUCCCAUAGUAAACACUCAUUUCACGGACUCCUCCAAAACCACGCAUCAAUUUAUUUUGUUCAAAAAUCUGUUUUUAUAUCUGUUUUUCAUUAGACAGAAUAUUAUGACUACUGAUCUUUGGAGAAUACGCCUUUGUUGUAUGAUUUGGCUGAGGUUGUGUAGUACCUUCACUGAUUGUAAAUAUAUAAAAAAACAAAGCAAUUAUUUCUGUCUUUCCCUCACCUACUCUCUCUCUUUCUUUCUUUCUCUCUCUCUCUCUCUUUCUCUCUUCUGCCUCACCUAAUAGUUUAUUGAAAUUCACUAGACAUACAGUAUUUUAUAUAUUUGUGUGUGUGGAAGCUAUUGUUUUGAGUACAAGUUAUUGUUGGGUGAAACUUCUCUCAUUUUUCAUUGCAGUGGUUUGUUCACGGGGGGUAGUGAAGUGCCUUCUGAUGAAAAUGCUAUGAAAACGGGACAAUUUUUGCUAAUCAUGCUUGUUCGCAGGCAUGAUUACUAUAUGUAAUCUAUAUAAAAAAAAGUUGUUUUGUUUUUUUUUUGUUUGUUUUGUCAGAGCAGCCUCUACCACCCACUCAUCAAACCAUCCAUGCUAGAGCUGUACUCAACAAACUGAAGCCACUUGAUCUCCACCUCCUCAUCAGAUUAUUUUUCUAAUAGGGAGAUGAUGAGAACAAGCCACUUAAACAGUGGAACAUGUUUUGAGAGAGGAAAGACAGUGUAAACAGGAUUGGCUUCUCUCCCUUGUCCCGCAUCCACAUAGAAACAGAAGCGGUCAUGUGAUCCAUGUGAUCCCCUUACUGUAUGUGUGAAAAGUGGACAGGAGACAAAAAGAGACAACCCCAUACACCCAUCAGUUCAUGUGCCUUCAUCAUAUACAUGUGUAUGCCUGCCUCUGAAGUUUUUGACAUCAUUUUACAUGAACAUCUUUGAAAUAAAUGAUAAACACUU